AUGUCGUCGUCUCAAGCGAGCCUCCUCCUCCAAAAACAGCUUAAAGAUCUUUGCAAGAACCCCGUGGAUGGGUUCUCGGCGGGGCUGGUCGAUGAGAAAAACAUAUUCGAAUGGAGUGUUACAAUUAUUGGGCCGCCGGAUACGCUUUAUGAAGGGGGAUUCUUUAAUGCCAUCAUGAGCUUCCCUUCCAAUUAUCCAAACAGCCCUCCAACAGUGAAGUUCACUUCUGAGCUAUGGCAUCCUAAUGUUUACACCGAUGGGCGUGUGUGCAUAUCGAUUCUUCAUCCACCUGGUGAUGAUCCCAAUGGUUAUGAGCUUGCAAGUGAACGCUGGAUGCCUGUCCAUACGGUUGAAAGUAUCGUGUUGAGUAUUAUAUCUAUGCUGUCAAGUCCUAACGACGAGUCUCCUGCCAAUGUUGAAGCAGCGAAAGAAUGGAGGGAGACGAGAGACGAAUUCAGGAAGAAAGUGAGCCGCUGCGUUAGAAAAUCACAAGAAAUGUUUUGA